GACUAAAGUGUCUGUGUCCGUUGGCUCUCGAGCGCGUCUGUGACAUGAAAUCGUUUGAGAACUCCUGCACCGACCGACCGUGUGGGCGUGUUUCCCUCAGCCCGACAGCCUCCGCUCUUCUGUGCAGUCCAGAGCGCAAAACGCACUUCUUCUGAUGCGACUGGAGGGCGCAAAAGCAGCACUUCUCCAACCCUUUACGCGAAACACCCCUCCCCAACUGCGGCUGCCCCUCGAAUCCAACUUUACUGAGCGGGAGUUUCUAUCUUCCUGGGACUCAUUCAGCCAUGGACGCAUCAAGACUCUUAACGCUCUAUUUGGGGCUGCUCCUUUCUUUCCUUGGGAAUAUACCGUGUUUCCAGUCUGCUGCUAUCAUCUCCCCCUCUGCGCCGAGGAGAGUCCGGGGGGCCCGGAUCUCUCAUCGGGACGGACAAAGGUCAUCCAAGAUCCUAAAAGACAUCCUCGCGUCUACGCACCCGGUCGUGGGCCAUCACAAGGACGACCUAAAGGACGCUAUUGUGCCCCAUGAAUACAUGCUCUCCAUAUACAGGACAUACUCGGCUGCAGAGAAGCUCGGACUAAACGCAAGCUUUUUCCGCUCCUCUAAAUCUGCCAACACCAUAACAAGUUUUGUGGACAGAGGAACAGGGUUGACGAUCUUUUUGCACUCUCCUCUGCGAAGACAAAAGUAUCUGUUUGAUGUCUCAACCCUUUCAGACAAAGAGGAGCUGGUCGGUGCGGAAUUAACGAUAUUUAGGAGAGCGCCCGGGAAUCUGCAGACCUCCUCGCAGACGACUGGUCUCUACGACAUCCAGCUCUACCCCUGCAGCUCGGACAGUUUGCUGGACUCCCGGUCCCUGGACCCGCUGGACUCCACCAAGGCCGGCUGGGAAGUGUUGGACGCCUGGGACAUGUUCAAAGCGAACCAGCAUCAUUACCACCACCCCCAUCAUCAUCAGCAUCAGCAUCAGCAGCAGCAACACUUCCAGCAGGGCAACCAGCUCUGCUUCCAGCUCCGCGUCACUCUGCGCAAGUCGGACACCGAGGUGGACCUGAGGCAGCUGGGGCUGGACCGGAGCGGCCGGUCCCAGCAGGAGAAGGCCAUCCUGGUGGCCUACACGCGCUCCAAGAAGAGGGAGAACCUGUUCAAUGAGAUGAAGGAGAAGAUAAAGUCGCGGAGGACGGCGGGCGAGAAGGAGGAGGGGGCGGCAGCGAAGGCGGCAGGGGCCACAGAGGAGGACGGGGUAUCGCUGAAGGGGGCCAAAGGGGAGGGUCCCCGGCGGCGGCGGAGGACCGCGCUGGGCAACCGGCACGGCAAGAGGCACGGGAAGAAGUCCAAAUCUAGGUGCAGCAAAAAGGCGCUGCACGUGAAUUUCAAGGAGCUGGGCUGGGACGACUGGAUCAUCGCGCCCUUGGAUUACGAGGCGUACCACUGCGAGGGGGUGUGCGACUUCCCCCUGAGGUCGCACCUCGAGCCGACCAACCACGCCAUCAUACAGACGCUCAUGAACUCCAUGGACCCCAACAGCACCCCGCCCAGCUGCUGCGUCCCCACCAAACUCAGCCCCAUCAGCAUCCUGUACAUAGACUCCGGCAACAACGUGGUGUACAAACAGUACGAGGACAUGGUGGUGGAGCAGUGCGGGUGCAGGUAGCGGACCGGAUGCACGAGCAACACAAAACAACAACUUUAAAAAACAAAACAAAAAUCAAAGAUGAGCCUCGACGGGUCCCAGAUUGAAGACGUGCGGCCCUCGCAGGUGUGACAUUCUUGACCUCGUGACGCGCCUCUUCUUUGCGUCUUAAAGGGACGCACACGGAGGCGAUGCCUGCUAUUUAUUCAGACUAUUACAGUCACACCAAUUCACACUCUCUGCCUUAACGUGUUAGUCCUUCGGUCCCGUCCACGCAAGGAGUCAUCGAUCGUCAAACAGGCUUUUCUUUUUUUGUUCGCCCCGGCGAGGUGGUACGAGGAGGGGGGGGGGGCUGGAUUCCUACAAGGCGAGAGGAUGCGGGCACAUCGAGUCCGUCCGCGCACCUGUUCGUGCCGAGGCCACGGGACAGUGGGCUUUGUUGCAGCUCUGCCGUGUGAUCGUGCACGCCAGCCGGGCCGGACUCCUUUUGGGUAUGUGCAGCCAGGCCGUAAUUGCCACCGUCCAGCUGGAGUCAUUACAGGCCAGAACCAGUGCCCUGUUGUCCGAAUCAAGGGGGGGUGAACGUCUAAUCCACCAAACAUCGCGCACGCACGCACGCACACACGCACACACGCGCACACGUACUGGACUCAGGAGAGGAGAAAAGGUGGUGGCGGUAAUGCCUUCAAGAGAUUCCUUUUUUUUUAAACCUGGAGACCAGUGGACAGAAAGGACACCAACCUUGUGCCAGACUGGGGCCCUCUUGUUAAAAAAAAGAAAGAAGAAGAGGAGGAAGAAGAAGAACAACAAGAAGAAGAACAAGAAAAAGCACACAUAACUGAGGCGAACUUUUGCAUCUUUACGAAAUGCACUUCCGCAACUGCCUGCGCCCAGGACACGCAGUCGGUCACCGAGAGAGUUUGUCUUCACUGACGACGAACAUUUAAGAAAAACAAAAGACUCGCCAACGAGACGAUAUUUAAAUGCACAUUAGCUUUGAAUGCACUGCUGUUCAUUACUUUGUUUAAGCUGUAAAUAUUUGUACAGUCGAAAACUUUACAAAGUGCAACGAAUGAAGAAAUGAGAAAAAUGCAUUUCUUGUAAAUAUACAAAAUGCACUCAAAUCGGUAUGAUUUCUAUUCUAUAAUUAUUUUAUUAUUUGUGAUGUACAGAGUUCCAUGAUAAUCAUAUAUUUCUUACAUUGAUAAGAAUAAUUUAAGGUGUAUUCGAUAUUUUUGCAGAGGAUGGAAAAUACCAUUAUUAAUGUCUACCUCAUAAUUGCAUAUAGGAUCUGAGUUUUGAGGUGCAUUCAGUUAGAGUGUAAAGAGCUUUUACAAUGAUAUAUAAGAUCAUUUAUACACAUAUAUUACUGAAUAAUAUUCCACACCAUUACUGUACAAAUAAAAUUCAAAACAAAGUCUGCAGCCUCUGAUGAUCCAUGCAGUUCUUUUUUCCGCAUUCAUUUCAUACAUUGAGUGCAGAAGUGCAGAGGCCGACCAGAAAGCACAGAAAUAUCUUUGUUUCUUUAUGAUGGAAAGAGGCCAAAAAGUUGUCUUUUUAUCAAUUGAUUUAUAAAUACAUCAUGUCGGUCAAAAUAAAAUAAACGUUAUCAUA